UUUGAACAGGCUUCUUGUUGAUAUCUCCUAAAAUGAAUAGAUACUCCAGGCCCAGUCCUGACUACAGAGGCCCUACGUAUGCACAAUGCUGGUUCUACAUCUGGCGACAUGGAUACAGACUCCCUUGCUAGUGGGGCGUCCACAAUUGGCAGAAAAUCCUUCAAGUCCUUUGCCUCCAACUUCACUGACUGUUCAAACACAUCCUUUUCAAAGUUCAUCCAGAAUUUUCAUGCCACAAAUGCCUACCAGAAAGAAAUGCUUGCUGUGUUAGCAGCUGUGACUGAAGUCAUCAGGUCCCAAGGUGGAAAAGAAUCAGACACAGAGUACUUUGCCACUUUGAUGACAGGACUGGAGACUGUAGAAUCUGAAGAUUCCUUGAUGGCCACAUUGAGUCUGCUGAGUAUGUGCAUCAGUAAAGUCCCUGACUCUGUGUUGAAACUCAAGUUUAGUGAAUGUAGCAAGAUUCUUUUGGAAUUGCUGGAAAAAUAUACAAGUGGAGAGCCACAAUCAAUCCUGAAGUCUGUGAUUGUAUGCUUGGGUGUUCUGAUGAGAGUGCUGGAUUUGAGCUCUUGGAGUCAUGCAUCAACUCUACAUGUAUACAAUAGCCUUCUGCCAUGUUCUAUACAUCAUAAGCCAAAGGUGAGGAAGGCAGCCCAUCAUGCUGUGAUAUCCAUCCUGAAAUCUCCCUCUGCAAUUAACACUGAAGGUGACCAGCAAACAAAGUUCCAUCCUGCUGCAUCAGCCACAGCAAAGUUCUGUCUUCAAUCACUGAAGUCUCAGGGAAAGAUAAAGAGUUGCACUUCUGUACUUCACACUUUGGUUCUUCUCCAAGAUAUCUUCCCUUUCUUGCCUCAUAAUCAUGUGAAGUCUCUGUGUGAAGUACUUCUGGAGAUGCUGAUGCAGAAUAAUGUUCUAUUGAGGUCUUGGUCUUUGCAAGCCCUGCAUGGGCUUCUUGUAGCUCAGCCAUCAAAUCAAUCACUGCCUCCAAAGACAGCUGCCCAGCUACUCUCUGCUCUUUAUGAAUUUCAACCAUCUUUAAAUGAUGCUCAGCUUUUGUCUUCAUGGAUCUUGGUACUUCAGGAGGCACUGUGCUCCUUGCAACAACUGGAUGAGGACUUGUGCCUUGGGCAUGUGUCCCGAUUUUUCUCUACCAUGGUCCAAUGCUGGCAAUCUGAACAGAUUCAGGUUCAUCCACUGAUUGCUUCUGCCCUAGAAGCUGCCCUUGUAAAAUGUGUGUCACCAUCCAUGGAGAGGUUGAGCAAUCAAGCUGAUUUGUUAGAGGCUGGGAAGGCUCCCAUCACUCGCAUCAUAUCUGCUCUUCAGGGUGCCCUGAAGUACCAAUAUCAUUUUGCAUGGGGUCAUGUUCUUCGAAUCUGGGGGAUCCUCUUUCGGGUGACUAGUGGUCAUCUCACAAAUGUUCUCACAAGAUGUCUUAAAAGCAUAGGAGAGUUGAGAUCCUCUGUGAAUUUCAAGUUCACAAAGGAACUUGAUUAUGCUGUUGGUGAGGCAGUGAAGAGUAUGGGUCCUUGUACUGUCCUGGCAGCCCUACCUCUCAAGGUGGGGAAUGGGGGAUGGCCUAUUGACAUGGAGAAGAGCUGGUUGUUGCCGGUGUUGCGGGAGAGUGUGUCAGGUGCAGAGUUGGGAUUCUUCCAAAAGUUUUUCCUGCCACUUGCAGUUGAAUGUCAUACAUUGGCUACUGCUGCCCAAGCUCAAUCCAGAAUGGCUGAGAGCAAAGCUGCUGCUCUUUUGGAGACUCAGAUUUGGUCUCUCUUGCCUAAAUUCUGCUUGAAUCCCAAUGAUUUAUUGACUGCCUUCAAGGAAAUAGCCAAGACCAUGGGACAGAUAAUAUGUGACAGGACUGACUUAUCCAAGGAUGUUCUUGCUGCUUUGCGCAAUCUCAUUGCAAGCACAAGAGAGCAUGAUGAGAAGAGGGCAGAAGUGGCUCGCUUUGCUAAGAACUUCCUACCCAUCCUCUUUGAAACUUACACAAAAAACAGUUCAUCAACAGAGCUGAGAGAUUUGAAUGCAACUGUGAUGAGAACAAUUGAAAGUUAUCUAAGUAUAGCUCCUGCUCCAGUGGUACAGGGACUAUUUGAAAAGGCAAUGGAAAAAGUGAAAAUGCCAGACAUGAAAAAGCCUGUUCUGGACCUUUUGCGGCUCCUUGUUCCAUGCCUGAAGCAUGAGGCUCUGAACAGGAUUUGGGAGUUUAUUGUCCCCCUUAUCAAAGAGGGUCAGAUGAAAGAGCAGAAGAAGAGCUAUAGGGUGCUACAGUGCAUUUGUUCCUCAGAAUCCAAUUCUGUGAAGGAAUUCAUCAGUGAACAUUUACAUGAGAUGCAAGACCUUCUUGUGGAAUCACUUACCUCUGCUUCUCCAGUGUCAAAAGCUGCUCGUCUCAGCUGUCUGAUUCAUCUUAUGGGGAAAAUGGAAAGGUUGGAGGAUGCCUUCUUGAAAUCUCUUGUUGGGGAAGCCAUCCUUUGUACAAGAGCUGGAAAUCAGCAGGCCAGGGAACAUGCAUUCCAGCUUCUCCUAGAAGUUGGGAAAGCCAUACAGAGGACAACAGGAAAGACUGUGACUGAAACAAUCCACUGUUACCUGGAGCUACUCUUGGCUGGUCUUGCUGGCUCUCCCACCCUCAUCAGUGCUACACUCUUGGCCUUGGCACAUGUACUCUUCCAGUUCAAAGAUGGAUUCACUGAAGACCUAAUCUCCCUCCUGGUGGAAAAUACAAGUUUGUUGAUGACCUCUCCCAGCAGAGAAAUAGUUGGGAGUGCCCUUAGCUUCGUCAGGGUCAUCUUGGCAGCACAAGCUCCAGAUGCAGUCCUUACCUUCAUCCCUGAUCUUGUAAAAGCUCUGAGUUCUAUGACUAUUGACUGCAAGCGUCAUUUUCGUGUGAAAGUGCGGAACCUCUUCUGUCUCAUGAUGAGGAAGUAUGGUCCUAAUGCUAUCAUGCAACUCUUGCCAAAAGAUGAUGAGAGUCUUCACAAGUGCUUGAGAAACAUUCAAAAAACAGAGAUGAGGAAGAAGAAAAAGAAGAUGGCAUCUGCUAAUGAAGAAGAAUCUGGAGAAGAGCUUGAGAGCUCUUCAUUCAAGGCAAAACAUGCUGAAAGCAUAGAAGACAUCUUGGCAGAAGCAGUUCAUGAUGUGGAUUUAGGUGACUCAGAUAAUGAGUCCAAGAGGGAAAAGAAAAAGAAAGGUAGGAAAAGGGGUGCUGAAACCUGGAUUCAAGAGCGUCAAGGUGAAAUAGUUGAUCUUCUGGAUCCUCGGACUGCAAAAGCUGUCACUGGGAGCAAUCCAAGGGAGCAAUGCAAACAGCAAGCAAAGUUGGAAUUCCCUACCACCACAGAUGGGAAACUAAUCAUUGAAGAUUCAGAGAGUGACUCUGAAGUGAAACCUGGCCAGAAGAGGAAGAAGAGAGUUGCUGUUAAGGCUGACAUGGAUGAGACUCCUAAGGUCAAAGCUGCUCGACUUGAGGAUCAGGGAGACUCAGAUAGCAAAGAUGAUCCAGACACGAUUGACUUUGAUUCCAUAGACAAAGUUUACAAGCCUGGGGGUUUUGGGAUUCACCGUCCAUUGAGCAACAAAGGAAAGAGAAAGCAGGGCCCUGUUGACUAUGGCAAAGAAUACAGGUCAAAAACAGGACGAGGAGAUGUAAAGAGGAAAGGAAGACCUGACCCAUUUGCAUAUGUUCCCUUGGACAGACAGUUACUCAACAAGAGGACAAAGACCAAGCAUUCUGGACAUUUGAAGAGCCUGGUCAAGGCUGCAAAGACAGGCUCACGGAGAGGUGCCCAGCUCAAGGCCAAAAGGAAGGGGAAAAUGAAGAAGCUUUGAAUUCAUCAGUGUUUCCAGCAAUUUGUAAGAAGAUUGAAGAAAAAUUCUUCAUUUACUGAAACUAUUGCCUGUUUUUUUAUUUAUUUUAAAAAGGUUUACUUCUGGAUCACAUUUAUGAGGCCUCAUGAAGGCAUAGCCAGCCCUUAGGGUAUCAGACCACUAUAUGGAAUACCUGACUAAUGAGGUGAAUAAUUAAGAAUGUUACCACUUUAUGGAGUACUUUUUUUAGAGGUGGAGUCCUAGAACUAUGUAAUUUACAAGCUCAUUUAAUAGAUUGGGACCUUCUUGAGCAAACCUGAUUCCAGCACCGGAUUCCGGCUGGCAGUGUGUAUAGCUUGG